AGUGUUACCUCAGGUACUUAUUGUUUUCAGACUGGUUCGGUUGUGUGGCUUGGUAGGAGCUGACAGAAGUGACUGAGUUGGCUGUGUCACUGGCUUAAACUGUGGCUGAAGCCAUGGGGUUUCUCUUUAAAUGGUUGCUGUUGUCCUUGCUAGCUGUAGGAAGACAUCAAGCAAGUGCUUACAGUACUGGAUCUGUUGAGAAGCGUGGAGAUAACAAAGUGCCAGUGGCAAGCUAUCAACCAGUUUCAAGUAGCUUUAACACUGAAGAUGACUCCUCAUGGAGCACUGGGCCACUUGGUGGAGAGGAUUCCAGCUCAAAUGCAAAUGUGGCAAGUAGCUACAGCACAAAGCUAAUUCCCAGUUACCAGUCUGAAGCUGAAUCACAGGAACCAAAUGACCGAUCUCUGCCAGAAAUGAAAUAUUCAUCCAGCUAUUCUCCACAGCCACAGGUAGUGGAGUCUGAUUAUCAGCCGCAGCAAGUGCCUAGCUAUCAGGCCCCACAGUUGCCCCAGCAGCCGCAGGUGCCCCAGCAGCCCCAACAACCGCAAUUGCCCCCGCCCAAGCAGCCCCAACAACCGCAGGUACCUCAGCAGCCUGACUACCCAACCAAGCGGCCACAUUGGCCCCAGCAGCUGCAAAUGCCCCAGCAGCCCAGCUACCCACCCAGGCAGCUCCAGCAGCCCAAGCAGCCCGGCUACCAGGCCCCACAGUUGCCCCAGCAGCCGCAGGUGCCCCAGCCGCCCGGCUACCAGGCCCCACAGUUGCCCCAGCAGCCGCAGGUGCCCCAGCCGCCCGGCUACCAGGCCCCACAGUUGCCCCAGCAGCCGCAGGUGCCCCAGCCGCCCGGCUACCAGGCCCCACAGUUGCCCCAGCCGCCCGGCUACCAGGCCCCACAGUUGCCCCAGCAGCCGCAGGUGCCCCCGCCCAAGCAGCCCCAACAACUCCUGUUGCCCAAACAACCGCAAUUGCCCCCGCCCAAGCAGCCCCAACUACUCCCGUUGCCCCAGCAGCCCCAACAACCGCAAUUGCCCACGCCCAAGCAGCCCCAACAACUCCCGUUGCCCCAGCAGCCCCAACAACCGCAAUUGCCCACGCCCAAGCAGCCCCAACAACCGCAGGUACCUCAGCAGCCUGACUACCCAACCAAGCGGCCACAUUGGCCCCAGCAGCCGCAAAUGCCCCAGCAGCCCAGCUACCCACCCAGGCAGCUCCAGCAGCCCAAGCAGCCCGGCUACCCGGCCCAGUUGCCCCAGCAGGCCCAGCCCAAGCAGCCCCAACAACAGCAGGUACCUCAGCAGCCCGGCUACCCACCCAGGCAGCCCAAGCGGCCCCAGCAGGACCCGCAGUUGCCCAAGCGGCCCCAGCAGGACCCGCAGUUGCCCAAGCGGCCCCAGCAGGACCCGCAGUUGCCCAAGCGGCCCCAGCAGGACCCGCAGUUGCCCAAGCGGCCCCAGCAGGCCCCGCAGUUGCCCAAGCGGCCGCAUUGGCCCCAGGAGCCACAGGUGCCCUACCAGCAUGGCUACCAGGCCCAACAAAUGCAUUGGCCCCAGCAACACCAACAACCACAGGUACCUCAGCAGCUUGACUACCCACCCAAACGGCUGCAUUGGCCCCACCAGCAUAGCUAUCCGCCCCAGCAACCAUAUGUGCUGCAGGUUCCCCAGCAGCUCGGCCACCCGCCGCAGCGGCCCCAGCGACCCAAGCGAAUUCGGCAGCCAGCCUAUCUGCCCCAGCAGCCGCAGGUGCCCCAGCAGUCUGGCUACCCGCCCCAGCAACCGUAUAUGCUGCAGGUUCCCCAGCAGCUCGGCUACCUGCCCCAGCGACCCAAGCGACUUCGGCAGCCUGGCUAUCCACCCAUCGUGCCACAGCUGCAGGUGACCCAGCACACCAGCUACCUGCCAAAGUGGCCCGAGCAGCCCCCAGAACCACAGGUACCUCAGCAGCCCGGCUACCUGCCCCAGCGGCCGCAAAUGCCCCUGCGGCCCAGCUACAUGCCCCAGCAGCGCCUGGAACCACAGGUUCCCCAGCAGCCUAGCUACCCACCCAAGCAGCCCCAGUGGUCCCAGGUGCCCCAGCAGCCCGGCUACCCGCCAAAGCGGCCCCAACUGCCUUUCCACCUACCUAAACAGCCUAGCUACAUGAUUAAGAUGCCACCGAUGCUGCACUACUUGUCCAAGCAGCCACAAGUUCUCAAACAGGCCAUUUACCAGCCCCAGCAGUUGCAGAGACGAUAGGUGACCAAGCAGCAUCAGAUCAGUUUUUCACCUCUGCAGUUCCAGGUUUCUGAACAGCCACGUUACAGUUCUCCUACUUUUGCCCAAGGAGUUGGUGUCCACAUGUAUUCAAAUGGGAUGGCGCUUCUGGUGUUUGCAGUGACACUGGGUGUGGAUAUGGCACUGGACUUCAUUCAAAUUGCAGAUCAGUGGGUGGGGUAUGAACUGGGGUAUAAACUUUUUUUUUUUUUUUUUUUUUUAGGCACCACAACACCAAAGAUGUUUCAGACUGCUUUCGGCUAAGACAUUGUAUUGACUUGUCAAAUUAAAAUUAACCUUGUAAUGAAUUGA